UCAGGAAAAAAGAUCCUACCAGUGAAGAGGACUACUGGGACACAAUCAAAGCGGAGAAAGUCCAAAUUCCUGUUCAGAUUACCUCUCAUGGGGAAGUGAACUCGCCGCCAUCUGGACCUUACUUGAAGGUCGUAUGUAUCUCUGACACGCACGAUCAACUUGAUUUGGUUCAGACGGCUGCCUCACCUAUGAAGAAGGAUAGUUUGCUGAACGAGGAACUUGACUCAUCGUUGUCACAGAACCACGAGGGAUCUA